AUGGUUGAUCAAACUACGGAUGUGGUUGUACAUGUCAGUUCUUCUGGAGGAAAUAUUUUCCUACCAGACAACGCAUUGACCCCAGAACCUAGGAGACAGACACACUUGUCAGCUCCUGCCCCGGAGAAAAAACUGACUCUUUUUGCCUUACGACUCGCUGUUCUUGAGAAGAUUGCUUCACGGUUGGGAUCUUUAGGAUUCGUAUGGGCCACCGUUGUUCUUCUUGGUGGUUUCGCCGCAAGUUUAGAGACAUCAGAUUUUUGGUUUGUUACUGUGAUUCUUGUUGUCGAAGGAGCUCGGAUCUUCAGCAGAAGCCAUGAGCUUGAAAUGCAGCAUCAGUCUAAAUACACAAUCUCUGGAAUCAACACCUUCCGGUUACUUGUCAGACAGUUUAUCAGAAUAUUCCGCAAGGAAGCUCAUAUUUCUGGGAACAACGAUAGAUCAUCGGUUCAGGAAAGUAAAACAGAACAGAGGACUCCGAGGCAGAUCGAGCGGACCAGGACAUGGACAAGCUCAGAUGUUCCAAUGUUGCCUUACACAGGAUGGGUUUUCGUUUCAAGAAACGUGAGUCGAUUCUGCUACUGGCUCCAGAUUGCUUCUGCUUUCGCUAGCAUUAUCAUCUCCAUGAUCAAGCUCAUCAGGCAAGAUUAUGGAGGCAGCGAAUUGAAAUCCAGAAGCACCAAUCUUCACUCCUCUUUAACUCUCUUCUACUCUCUAGCGCUCGCGGAGGCUCUUCUCUUUCUUGUUGAGAAAGCUUACUGGGAGUGGAUGAUCAGCGUUUACAAGAUUCUUGAUAAAGUGAAUCAAGAAUGCGGUCUCGAGAGGUCUGGAACUGAUUCAGUGAGAAGAUUCUUCUACAAUGCUUACUCAAGAUGUCUAAACGGGAGCAUCUUUGACGGAUUGAAGAUGGAUAUGGUCGUUUUCGCCAUGGAGCUUUUGGUGUCAAAUUCUCCUGAUGAGCAGCUCAUUGGAGCAGAGAUUCUCUAUAGAUUCUCAACAAGCGAAGACUAUUCGGUUGAUACCCUGCAGAAGAUUGGGACCAACCUGGAGAUCAUAGAGAGGUUGGUUGAGAUGUUGAAUUGGAGAAACAAGAAUCAAGAAGUUAUGAGAAUGUCAUCUGCAGAGAUUCUCUCAAGAUUAGCUAGUAAGAAGCAAAACUCUCUGAGAGUUGCAGGGAUCCCUGGAGCGAUUGAGUCCAUAUCUUCUAUUUUAGAUAGCACGAGAGAUUCGGGUCAAGCCACUGAUGAGAUUGGAGAAAACAGUAUCAAUCAAACCGAUCGCUGGACGUUCAACAAUCUUGGAUUGUUGAUUUUGAAAAGGCUAGCUAGAGAUCAUGAUAACUGUGUGAAGAUUGGGAAAACAAAAGGGUUGCUUUCAAAGAUCAUUGACUUCACUUAUGCUGAGAAGAGGUUGCUGAAAGAUCCAAAUCUUGCGUCUAAUAAGAUCUUGGCUGUGAAACGGUCAUUGAAGCUGUUAAGGAAGCUGGUGAAAACAACGGGUGCAACAGGGAGAAACUUGAGGAGAGAUAUCUCCGGCAUUGUCUUCACAGUAAGCAACAUUAGGGAAACAUUACGCCAUGGAAAGAAGCAGCCUGGUUUGCAGAAGCUUGGUGCAGAGAUCUUGACUUUCCUUGCGCUUGACGAAGGUGCAACUGAGAAAAUUGGCGGCACAGGCGGGGUUCUAAAUGGACUUCUCUGCAUAUUCUUGAAUGAUGAUAUUCCAGGGAAUCAGACUAGUGGAGUGAGAGACUCUGUUGGUGAGACUAUAGCAAUGCUAGCUCAAGGAAGUCAGAGCAAUUGCCAGCGGAUGUUGAGAUCAGAUGAUGUUCUUCCGGGCCUUGUUGAGGCUUUGAACAACCCUUUGAUUCGGUCGAAUGCAGCGAGAAUCUUGAGGAAUAUAUGUGCAUAUACAGAUCCUAAUCAAGUUAAGGAACAGCUGAAGGAAGUUAAAUCAGCUGGAGCAACAGUUCUUAAGGCAAUAAUGUCUGAAAAGAGCAAACCUCAAGAGGUUAUGGUGGGAUUAGCACCGCACAUUUUCAGGUUAAUGAGUGCUGAAGAAUCAAGAGAAUUGUUCGAGGAAGCAGGAGUAACCAAGGAAGAACUAGCCACUGCAUUAGUCAACAUUCUCAAGAGACAUGAACAGCCGGUGCCAAAAGUUCCAAGAAUCAGGAGGUUUGCAAUUGAACUAACCAUUCAGAUGAUGAGAACUAAUCCUGAGACGGUCAACACUUUCCUAACCCUUGGGAUGAAGAAUGAAUUAGAGACAGUCUUUGAGACUGCAGCUGAGGUUGAGAACUUUGAUAUAUUCUCGGGCACGGUUGGCUUGGCACGCCAUGGCUUAACGAUCAAUGAACUCACCGAAGACGCAAUACGGUUAUUGAGUUAGUCUCAGACCUCACUGCCACAUGGAAUAAAAGUUUAAAGAACAUUGACUUUGUCUCAAUCCCGAAUUGUCUUCGAA